CGGCGCUCCGGUGGUUUCAUUCCUCGCCUCAGAACUCCGCCGGAUCUUCUCCUCGCUCUUCUCUAUUCUUCUCCUCACCGGAAUUAUUAUGGCCGACAGCAAAGUGGACACCACCACCGUCUCCCCCGCCAAGGAUCUGAAGGAGAAGAAGGAAGUAGUAGCAGAGAAAAAGGACAAGAAGGAAGUAGUAGCGGAGAAGAAGGAAGUAGUAGCGGAGAAGAAGGAAGUAGUAGCGGAGAAGAAGGAAGUAGUAGCGGAGAAGGAGAAGAAAGAAGUAGUAGAGGAACCGGAGAAGAAAGACAAGAAAGAGAAAAAGGAGAACGGGAGCGACAAAGCCAAGAACGGAACCGAGGAGAACGGUGCAGAAGACAAGGAGGAGGACCCCAAGGAUUCUGAAGAGGAGGAGGAUGAAGUAGAAGGAGAGGGUGAGGAGGAGGAUGAUGAUGAGGAGGAAGAUAAAGCCGAUAAGAAGACUGAAGGUAAAGCUGAUAAGACUGAAGUGAAAAGUGAUAAGAAGACUGAAUCUGAUGGACAUCCUGUGAAACGCGUAGCAGAAGAAGAGAAGAAAAUUGAAGCUAAAAAACAGAAGACAGAAAACGGAGAUUCCAAAGAAGUGAAAGAGUCCGCCUAAUUCCCCCUCCCCCGACAUUUUAUAGUUUUAAGUGACAUGGUUGACUUUUACUCGUAGAGAACGUUGCUUUAUAUCUGUACAUUUUACAGGACGAUGACUUUUUAUAUACUGUAAACCCACACGUGCACUAGAGGACCUUUUACCAUCAUCACAGCCAAGACAGCGCUAAGGUUUUUUUUAUUUUUUUUUUUGUAAAAUGUUAUUUAUUGGUGAUUUGUUUGUACUGGUUGAUUGCUACAAUAAUAAUAAAAAAAAAAAGAACAGAAUUUUUUUUUUUUUGGUUUUCAGUGGUUGGUAUAGCUUUGCUUUUAAAUUUCUCUGUCCCAUCUAUGAAGCGGGCGGACGGCGGGAAACGCGCGCCGCGUGCGUUGGGAGUGAAGCUGCCUUCUUGUAAUAUAUAACGGUGUUUAGAAUAGAAACGUUUCUUCUUAUGCAAUGAAGGCCAAAGAGAUCGGCGGAAGGGAACGCUGCUGGGCAUUCUGUAGAGAUCUUCUCAGAUUUUGUUGCUGUUCAGUAAAUAGUUUGUGGUGCAAAACAAAAAAAAAAGCAGAAGUUUGGGGGAAACAAAUUGUUAAGGUUCUUUAUGUAAAUUUUUUUUUUCUUUUUGUAUCCUAAUGUACUAUGGAAGUGUAUGGCGGAGAUUUCUGAGGAUAGACAGUCUUCUUGUCAUUAUAUAACCGUAUACCUCAUUAGUUGAUGCUUGACCACUACUUUGUAUAUUCAGGUUAAGUGCUGCAAAUAAAUCUUUCUUUUAUAUAAAAUUA